AUGCUUUUAUCCUACACCACCGCCUUCGUCUUCCUCGGCGUGAUCGUCGCCAUUAGCAUAGUCAAAACCCUCCUCCCCACCCUCCACAACCCCCUCAACGCCCUCCCAGGUCCCUGGCACACCAAACUCACCAACCUCCGCCUAAAACUCGCCGUCCUAACCGGCCGCCGAAUCCACUACAUCCACUCCCUUCACACCAAAUACGGGCCCUACGUCCGGAUCUCCCCCACCGAAAUCGCCGUAAACGAUCCCGCGGGGAAUAAACACAUCCAUGGAGUCGGGUCGAACUUUGAGAAAUCGGCGUGGUAUAAUGAUUUUACGGUCAUGGAUCGCCCGACGCUGUUUACGAUGCAGGAGAGAAGGAGCCAUGCGGCGAGACGGAAGUUGUUCGCGAGGGGGUUUAGUAGGUCGAAUUUGAAGACGAAUUGGGAGGGGGUGAUUAAGGAGAAAGUGGAGUUGGUCGUGAGGAAGGUCCAGGAGGAAGCGGGGCGGCAAGGCGGGAAGGUGGAUUUGUUGAAGUGGUUUACGUUGAUGGCGAGUGAUGUGUCCUCGCACUUGAUGUUCGGGGAGUCGUUCCACACGCUCGAGCAAGGGGAGGUGAAUGAGUUCAUCCGCGUGAUGACGCUCGCGUUGAAGGGGAAUGGGAUUGGGGCGGAACUGCCGCUUGUGAGGGCGGUUGGGAAGUGGUUGCCGUUUAAAGCGGUGAGGGAGUUGUGGCAGACGAAUGAGAUUUUGGAUGAGUAUGCGAGGGUGGCGGUGAGGAAUAUGAAGGCCGCGGGAGGGGGCAAGAAUAUUUUUGCGAAUAUGUUGGCGGAGAGUGAGAAGGGGGAGGAGGGGGCGUUGGAUGAUAGGGAUGUGGAGAUUGAGGCUACUGCGUUGUUUAUUGCGGGAACCGAUACUACUGCCGUCAGCUUGACGUAUCUGAUAUGGGCUGUCUUGCGAAAGCCAGACUUACGGAUUCAACUUGAGAAUGAAGUCUCCACGCUGCCAGAAGUUUAUACAGAUGCCGACACAGAGAAACUGCCUUUCCUGAGCGCUGUCAUCGAGGAGACGAUGCGAUUGUAUGGCGCUGCACCGGGCAUGCUCCCUCGAAUCGUACCUCCAGGAGGCGUUGACAUGGGCGGGUUUUAUAUCCCCCAAGGGAUGACUGUUACUACACAUGCGUACAGUGCGCAUCGUGACCCAGAAGUAUUCCCAGAUCCGCUGGAAUUCAAUCCCCGCCGCUGGCUGGGCGACGAGGCCGCAGUUGCUUCUAUGAAGGCCGCACUCUCUGGCUUUGGAUCUGGGGCACGCUCUUGUUUGGGCAUUCACCUAGCCUACACCGAACUACGUCUAGCAGCGGCAGAGUUCUUUCGAAGGUGUCAAGGGAGCCGGCUUGCGGAGUCCGCAACGCCUGAAAGCAUGGAGUUUGAAAAUUUCUUCUUGAUCGCUCCAAGGUCAGAUCGGUGCGAGAUCGUAGUGGCCUGA